AUGAUAGGGUCUACUUUGCGUACAAAAGGUAUGGUGGGUAGAUGGACAGAAGUUAGAGAACGAAUCGCAUAUUCACACAACGAUCUUAGGCAUUCAACUACUGCACAGACACCGACAAAUCUGGUUUUUUGUAGACCAAUUCAUGAAAUUUUAAACUUUGAGAGGGCCAACGAAUUGUAUAAUUUUUAA